CAUCGAAGGAGCUAGUCAACAAAUCAAGGUCGAUUGUGCAUCACAAACAAAUGGUACCAUAGGCUUUGAUGAAUGUAUGUUGAGAUACUCAGUUGUGAACUUCUUUGGAAUUCUGGAGAUGUCACCAAGAAUACUACUAUAUAAUAGUCUGAAUCAAUCUACUUUUGAAGACCGCGAUUUCGUCGAUCUUGCAUUGGUGUCUAAUUUAGUAAGAGAUGCCACAAAUGCGGAUUCUAUGUUCAAGGAAGGUGAGGUAAAUAUAGCGGGGGUGGAUCAGAGAUUUGGAUUGGCACAGUGUACAAGAGGUAUCGAUAAGCGUGAUUGUGAGUUCUGUUUGACAAAUUUAGUGGAUUACGCCAAGGGAUGUUGCCUAAGGCAACGGGGAUGGCGAGUUUUAGCCCCCAAUUGUAAUUUAAGAGUUGAGGCCUUUCGUUUUUAUGGAAUUCCACCUCCAUCUUUGCCUCUGGACGAAGAAGGAGGGAGCAGAACGAGGAUCAUAGUCAUCACCAUAUCAACAGUUGCCGCGACUGCAGUUCUGCUAGGCCUAUUGUAUGGCUCAUUUUUAUGGAGAAACAAGAGACGGGAGAUGGAUAGAAGUGAAGAGUUUCCUUUGCGAAAUGGAUCAGAUCAACAACCAGUUUACUCACUAAGGCAACAUUUUGAUGAAACAAAUCAUGACAAUGAUGGAGAUAUGCAUUACUUCAACUUUAGUACUCUAAAAGCUGCUACAGAUGACUUUUCAGAUGUUAAUAAACUUGGAGAAGGGGGGUUUGGUCCAGUUUACAGGGGGAAGCUGACGGGUGGUGAGGAAGUAGCAGUGAAAAGACUAUCAACAAAAUCAAGUCAAGGACAUGAAGAGUUCAAGAAUGAAGCAAAGGUCAUUUGGAAGCUUCAACAUAAGAAUCUGGUCAGGCUCUUGGGAUGUUGUGUUGAAGGAGAAGAAAAACUUCUAGUCUACGAGUACAUGGCAAAUACUAGCCUUGAUGCUUUCUUGUUUGAUCCAUUGAAGUGCAAACAACUUGAUUUUCUCAAGCGUGAAAACAUCGUCAAUGGGAUUGCAAGAGGAAUUCUCUACCUCCAUGAAGAUUCUCGACUCAAAAUCAUCCACAGAGAUUUGAAAGCAAGCAAUGUACUAUUAGAUGAGGAGAUGAACCCAAAAAUAUCAGACUUCGGAACUGCCAGGAUAUUUGGAGGCAAACAAAUUGAUGCCAGCACCAAUAGAAUAGUUGGAACAUAUGGUUAUAUGGCACCAGAGUACGCUAUGGAGGGAGUUUUCUCAGUUAAGUCCGAUGUAUACAGUUUCGGAGUUCUUAUGCUCGAAGUGAUGAGCGGGAGAAAAAACAUUGGUUUUCUGAACAUGGACAGAGCACAGAACCUUCUGUCAUAUGCGUGGGAGCUAUGGAGUGAAGGAAGAGCAGAGGAAAUGAUAGACGAGAACUUGAGUGGAGAAUGUCCUGAGAGUGAGGCUGUAAAAUGGAUCCACAUAGGGUUGUUGUGUGUGCAAGAAGAUCCUAACAUCAGGCCUACCAUGUCAAUGGUUGUUUUAAUGCUUGGAAGCAAAUCGAUUCAGCUUCCUCAGCCAUCAAAACCUCCAUUUCUUACAAGUAGAGGGUCUCUAAGUAGAUAUCAAUUUUCAACAACUGAAACAAGAACAGGGUUACACACCACAGAUCAGUCGUCUACUAGUAGAUUUUGGAUAAAAAUUUUCAAUCUCGAAGAUGAUGAUGCUAUGUAUGCUUUAAGAUAUUUCAAUCAUCUGUUUUUAUCUCUAAAACAAAAAAGUUCGUUUCUUUUUCUGCUUUCCCAAACCAAAAUCAUGUUCUGUUUCCUCGAUUACAGAUCUUUGCCAAUUUCGUUGCUAAUCCUGAUUUCAAUCUUUGGGCUCAGUCACUCCCAUCAUUUCGAACCCAAAUAUAGGUUCCACAUCUGUUCAGCGCCAAGUAAUAACAUAACAAACGCUAAUCUGGGUUCGAACCUCAGUGGCUUACUGAGUUCCCUAUCAGAAGCUUCAUCUGACACCUUCUACAGUAUGACUUCCAAUGGAAUGUACGGUGUCGUCCUUUGUCGAGGGGAUAUUAACAGCGAUAACUGUCAUAGUUGUGUCAGUGCCGCAAGCAAAGAAUUAAGCAUUCGAUGCUCUUUAAGAGUUAACGGCAUAAUAUGGUACGAUGAAUGUAUGCUGAGGUACUCAGACAAGAACUUCUUGGGUACUGUAGAGAUGUCGCCAAGAUUCCUCAUGGGCGAUUCUGGGAACCAGACAUCGCCAGAUGAUCGCAACAUUGACGGGCCUGAUUUUUUGUCUCAGAUGGCCAGUGAAGCUGCAGGGUUAGAGAUGAUGUUCAAGGCAAACAAGUUGGAUAACCGUGGGACACGCUAUGGACUGGUUCAGUGCACAAGGGAUCUUAACAGUAGCCAGUGUGGUACAUGUUUGACGGCUCUGCUGGAGGAGAUCAAGCUGGUUUACAAAGGGAGAGUGGGGUGGAGAAUAUUGAGCCCAAGUUGUAGCAUAACGUAUGAGCAAUAUCUUUUCUAUCAGCUACCAGAUUCGCCUCCAGGAUUAAGUGCGAAAAUGAUUGCAAUAAUCACUGUAUCAACAAUUGCUGCAGUAGCAAUUUUUGCUAUUCUAUUGUAUUGCUUACUUUUGUCCAGGAAGAGACGACAGGAUAUGGACACAGGUGAACAAGUUCUGUUGCGAAAUUUGGGAGAUGCAAAGUCCGCAGAAUUGAUGAAGCAAGAUUUGCAUACAAGAGAUAGAGACAAUGAUGAAGACAUGCACUACUUCAGUUUCAUCACCCUACAGGCUGCCACAAACAACUUUGCAGAUGCAAAUAGGCUUGGAGAAGGUGGUUUUGGUCCGGUUUUCAAGGGAAAGUUGACAAAUGGGGAAGAAAUAGCUGUAAAAAGACUGUCCGUGAAGUCGAGUCAAGGUCACGAUGAGUUCAAGAAUGAAGUAAUGGUCAUAAUGAAGCUUCAACACAAAAAUCUGGUCAGACUUUUGGGAUGCUGUCUGGAGGGAGAGGAAAAGCUACUUGUCUAUGAGUACAUGGCAAACACUAGUCUAGAUGCCUUCUUAUUUGAUCCAGUUAAAAGCAAACAACUCAACUGGGUUAAGCGCAACAACAUCAUCAAUGGAGUUGCAAAAGGAAUUCUUUAUCUACAUGAAGACUCUCGGCUCAAAAUUAUUCAUAGGGAUUUGAAAGCCAGCAAUGUGUUAUUGGAUGACGAGAUGAAUGCAAAGAUAUCAGACUUUGGAACAGCCAGAAUUUUUGGAGGCAAGCAAGUUGAGGCUAGCACCAACAGAGUUGUUGGGACUUUUGGAUAUAUGGCACCGGAAUAUGCAAUGGAAGGAGUGUUUUCAAUAAAGUCUGAUGUUUACAGUUUUGGGAUAUUAAUGUUAGAAGUGAUAAGCGGAAGAAAGAACAGCGGUUUCUUCAAAGUAAACAAUGCACAGAGCCUUCUAUCACAGGCAUGGCAACUUUGGAAGGAAGGCAGAGAAGAGGAAAUGGUUGAUGCGAACCUGGUUGGAGAAUGCUCUUUAAGCGAAGCACUGAGAUGGAUCCAAAUUGGUCUGCUGUGUGUCCAAGAAGAUCCUAACAUCAGACCAACCAUGUCAAUGGUUGUUCUAAUGCUUGGAAGCAAAUCGAUUCACCUUCCCCAACCGUCGAAACCUCCAUUCUUUCCGAUUGGGUUUCCAAUGUCUGCCAAUCAAUCUUCAACAACUUUACUGGGAACAGGAUAUCUCUCCACUCAAUCUUCUACCACUGCUUCUAUAUAGCUAACCAUGGGCUUCGCAAAUUUGCACAAAAAUUCAAUCUGCCUCAUGGAUUACUUCACAUUAUAUUAGAAAUUAAAAACGUGUUUAGAUUGUUAAUACAUGCAACUUUGCAAUAGGAACUGAUUUGUCCUUUUUCUUUUUAGUAGAGACUACACUUUAUUUA